AUGGAGGAGAUCAGUCGUUGGAGCCCCGACUCUGAUGAGUUGGCCUCGUGCUUCCCUUCGCGGCCAUCGACACCGCAGUCCGUUAGGACUCUCCUCCGCUCCCCGGGGUCUCCCUUGAGAACCCUGGGGAAGAAGUUGAGCCUGACGGGCUUGUCAGUGCGAAGUCGCAACACAUCGCCUGGCAGAGGGGAGGCCACGAGGCUCAAUCAGAGUCACGUGGCUGGUGAGGGAGGUGAGGGUGUGGCCAACGUCCUCGACACUGGGUGUAGGCCGGGUUACAAGCCGUUGUCGGUCGCGGUCGGACGUCCUUUUCAUUUUGACGUGAACAAGGCCUUGGACAUUGUCCAAAAUUCACUUUCUUCUACACCCCACGACAUCACCACCUCACAAGACCCGGUCAAGCGAGCAAUUCCUGCUUCGUCCACCAUGAAGCCACGACAAGACGACGAGAAGACGGUCAAACUGGCAAGAACCUUUGCCAUGUCGUCGCCAGACCUCUCCCCUCCGGCAGCUUUCAAUGCAUCCUCAUCUCCGCCUGAAGGCGCCGAUUUCGGCCCCAAUCAAGACCCUAAACAGCGAGUCAUUACAGGUGACAUCCUUGACCUGAAUCGACUUCCUCCUCCAGACAUCAGCCAGCAUCCUGCACACCAAGAAAGUCCUUUCAAGUCUACCAGCGACGCACCUCUCAUGGUCACUACGACCAGUAAAGAGGAAAUUAAACGAUUGGUGAAAGAAGCUAGACAACGAUUCGACGACAGAGAGCGUCACCUGGAGCGCGAAGAGGCCGAGCAAGAGGAAGCUGCGCGUCAGGGCACUGUGAGAUUCAAGUCAUUCCCGAAACGUGGCAAUGCGUUCAAUAUUGGCUACAACAACGCUGUCGGAGCCGAGGCGAGUCUUCGCGCAUUGGAGGGAGGAAUGACGCCGAAGUCAGCUACACUUGAUCGCCAUCCGAUCUACUCCCGCAAACCCCAGCGAGUGUCCUCUGAACCUUCCCACAGCUUCAACCUGCGCAGCAACUUCUCUCGGUUCCAGAUUGACAAAGACAAUGACGAGGCCGAUAUCUACGAUAUCCUCAGCGAGAGCUCGCCCACCACCGCGACAACCCCUCACCAGGCAAAGAGCUCAAUUGACAGCGGGAAAACGCCUACUACACCAGCCUCGGAAGGGUUCGAGCAGAAGAAGACAGGUCUACGCAAGGUCACUGGCAUGUUUGGGAAACAUAAACCCGAGAAGUCGCAGUCCGAAUUAACUCCGCCUAUCGAAGUCGACAUGCUUCACCGUCCUGAUCUUGAGCGCUAUUUGCGACGUUCCACCAACAACCACAGCUACGAUUAUGAUCCUGGCCAGCCAUAUCCGCGCCACCCCAACACUAGUCGCGCGUGGCACUCUCGCAACCUCAAGUGCACGACUUGCCUCGAACAAUGCUGCGCCGUUUGCGGUCGUGCCUGCUGCGCUUACAGAGCCGCCGCACUUGCCAUGAAGAUACGCAAGGACAACCCUGAAUCCCUCAAAAUCGCAGAAGAGAGACUUCUUCAGAUCGCUUUCUUGUUCCCUUACGGCCAAGAAGCUCCCACUUUCCUGCAGUGCACCAAGGGCGACGAGGUUGGUUGUGGCAAGAUGGUCUGUCCAGAUUGCUGUGGUGAAUGCCCCCAGCCCAUCUGCAAGGAUAUCCAAUGUCAAAAGUGCAAAAAGGACCCAUGGAACGACUGCUUGUGGCACGAUGAGGAUAUGAAUCGAUGUGCCCUGUGA